AUGGAAGUUUUCGUAGACGGGUCGACGACUGUCCUCGCAGGCAAGGUACUAGUGCUUGAUAUUGAUAUUAAUGAUCAUGUCGCUGUCAAGACGUCCUUCGCCAAUAAUACAAACAGUAACGGGAACUCGUCAGCAGCACCAGGGCUAGACUCCUUUCUCGCACGGGAAGUGACCCGCUGGAUCAAUGCAGCGAGACGCGCUGCUGGCAUCGAUACGGCUGUUGUACACUCAAAAGAGGACCCUGCGAUUGAAGCUGCACGUUGUAGCCGGGCAAUACAAGGACACUUGCGAUAUCUGAUGAUGCUCGACGGGCUCGCGGCCGCCGAGAACGAGAAAGGACUUCGUUGGUUCAUGGAGCCAACUGUAGUAUCAGAUCACAUUAGAAAUCAGGUUGCCUCACCGCACACUCAACCUCUCGACAAACUCCUCACGCAACAUUCCCUUCCCCUACCCUUCCUCGUUACUCCUUCACUAUCAUUCCUGGUCUGGCUUUCACCCCGUGCAUAUCUUCAACUCCUUCGCAGCUCUCAGCCAUCCAAGCAAUCGUUGAUGUGGAAUGUUGAUGUCCCAAUAGCACAUCUCAGGACAUCGCUGCUUGAUACUCUAGAAGAUGUCACCAUUGCUACGCUGAGAUUGGUCCCUUGUGCUGAAGUAGCAGCGUCCAAGAUAAAGUCAAGCGAUGUCCCCGGAGAUCAUACGCUCCUGACUGCCCCCUCGCAGAUGUGGGUGCUUGAAUUCACCGCCAAGUCACCACAGACUGGCGUGGUGAUGUCCCAGAGCCGUAUGCAUGUAAUUCAAGGAAUCGUCGAGUCUCGAGCCAUCGACCUGAACUCAAUGGGGAGCAUGUCUAGUAUGGGGUCAAUGUCGAAUCUAGGCAACAUGAGCCACAUGAACUUUGGAGAAUUUGGUGUGGCGUCUUCACAUGCAAAUGGAAGCGGAGGAACUGGCAGAAGUUGGGUUGACUUAUUGGUCAAUAAAAAUUCAUCAGCAGAAUACUACACUGCAACUUAUAAAUCACCGAACGGCAUCCAUCCACCGCUACAUCUUCGCCUUCUUGCACCUUUGGAACCAGGCUUUCUCCUCCAGAGAGUUCCGGUGAGGAGCGUAAAACAAGUAUUGCGAGUGUUGGAGGUUGUUAGAGAACAAUGCUGGCUCAACGAAUCACUGGGCAUACUCCAAUGGUCGCCAGAGAAUUCACAAGUGCUGCAAUCACCCCAACGACCUUCGAAUGUAGAGCCAGAAGAUACGGCAUCAAGUACUCUGCUAGCCUCAGUCCUCGCAGGAACGGUCGCGCCGCAAUCUAUCCCAGUGAACGUCUAUCUUCCGUCCAGUGCUCUAUCGGCAUUGUCCCAACCAGCCGAUCCGUUUACGUCCAGCGGGCUUGGAAUGGGUCCUCCUGCAAGCGCAGGCUCCAGUAGUGGUGCAAGCUUGUUCGGUCCGGGCGACUUGGAGAUGGACAUGGACAUUCCCGGACUGAGCAUGAGCAUGGGUGAAAGUGUGGACAUGGAUCUUGGAAUAGAUCUUUCGACCUCGGCUGAUCCCAUGCAACAGCCACAUAGUCCAGACAUAUGCCCUCCCCCGAUGAUCGUGCUCUCCUUUCCGAGGCCGGUGCCCAGGAGCGGGCUGGUUGAAAUCAGGGUUACGUCGGGCGAUGGGUAUGGGAGUGUAGUUGGGGAAAAUGGUAUUCGGGUUGAAGCAUCUCCAGGUGUUGAGAUGGGAUAUAUGCCAGAAGUCGUGAGGCGGGGCGGGGUGUGGAGUCUUCCUGGGCGAGUGUGGAAAAAAGGCUAA